GAACUGUACUCGCCGUGCCGCCGGGCUGAGCGUGCGCGAGGUGGAUGGUGCGCCGGGGCGAGCCCGAAAAUAUUUAACACUGGCGUUAGCUUAGCCGUUAGCCACCUGAGUGGGCCCGCUGCGGACGGGAGAGGGCACGUUUCGUGUCCGUCAGCCACAAGGGGGGGCGGGGGUAUGUUCAUCCCACUGAAGACAUAGACAUGCAUAUUAAAUAUACGCGAAUGUCAUUUGACGGCACGUAAACAGUGACACGCCGUCGCCCUCACUGGGGCAUCUCCGGGGUUUUGCUACCAUCCUGUGUCCCCACCCCCCCGCCGGCCUCGGUGCCAGCGGACAGUGGAGCCCUCCCGGCCGGCGGGUGUAGCCUGGCACACGGCGCAUCCCAUCCCCUGUUUAAAUGACUGUCCGUCACAGAGGCGGACUGUUGCCCGGGGGGGAGGGCAGGUACGUGCGUGGGGAGCCUCGGUAAUGUGAAGUUAGAGAAGUUUGGAAGCGCUCCUCGAACGAGCUUCCCCCUGAUACGAGACCGUCGGGUCCAUCGAGAACCGGGGCCUGUGCGCGUCUUCACGUCGGCCGGAGCAACGCGGCCGCGCAGGCGGCACGGGGCAUGUGAGAACCAGGAAAUGGCCCGUGGAGGGAAUGCAUUGUGGGAGCCAGCUGCACCAGUGACUCCACAACAAUUGCCCCCAUAUAAGCAGCAUACAAGCCCCAUAAUGUUAUCGAUCGUAGAACUGGACGAACUGGAAAGUUGUUGUUGUCGUUGUUUUCUUUUCUUCCCCACAGUGUACGUUCAGAAAUGUGUCGAUGGCUAUAUCUCAUCAUAACACAACACAACAACACAACAUAAGCCCUCUGACUGCCGGUGAAACAGCCUCAGGGCUUCCGAUCAAAAGUCCUUAAGUAUGUUACCCUUUGGUGGUGUGCGCAGGCGCACCAUGGCCCAGACCCUCCAGAUGGCGAUCCCAAACUUCGGCAACAACGUUUUAGAGUGUCUGAACGAGCAGCGGCUGCAGGGCCUCUACUGCGAUGUGUCCGUGGUGGUCAAGGGCCAUGCCUUCAAGGCUCAUCGAGCUGUUCUGGCUGCCAGCAGUUCGUAUUUCCGGGACCUUUUCUGCAGCAGCAGCAAUGGUGGAGGUGGUAGCGGCAAUGAGAGCGGCCCCACCGUAGUGGAGCUCCCGCCGGCCGUGCAGCCCCAGAGCUUCCAGCAGAUUCUGUCUUUCUGCUACACAGGCCGUCUCAGCAUGACGGUGGGGGACCAGUUUCUCCUCAUGUAUACUGCCGGCUUCCUGCAGAUCCAGCAGAUCAUGGAAAAGGGCACCGAAUUCUUUCUCAAGGUCUCCUCCCCCAGCUGUGACUCCCAGGGCCUUCAUGCUGAGGAGGCCCCCCCCUCUGAGCCUCAGAGCCCUGUAACACAGACCAGUAACAGUGCCGGCCGACCUGCCUCCUGCCUGACGCCACUCCCUCUGGUGUCACGAGUGAAGACGGAACAGCCAGCUAGCCAGCCAGAAGCAGCCACCCCAUAUUCAGUGGUCUGUACCCCUGUAGCCAAGCGGCUGUGGGAGGGCGGAAGCAGCCGAGAUGGAGGCGGGGUCGGCUCAGGGGGAGGGGGUGGUGCCAGGAAGGCAGCCCGUUAUUCGCAAGAGGCUGUGCGGGGCAGCGCCAUCCAAAGCCCUGGAGCUCUCGGACUGGCCAUGGGUAUGGGGGCCACUGCGACCAGCCUGGCAGGCAUGGUGGCCAGUGGCGGGCUCAGCAGCAGCGCCAGCACCAACGGGAGCUCUGCGGCAGGACUCGGCAUGUCAGAGGGCGCCAGCCCCGGCACCCUGAGCACCUACACCAGUGACUCACCCAUCAGCUACCACGAUGACGAAGAGGAGGAGGAGGGGACAGAUGAAUGUGCCGAAGAGCAGUAUAGGCAAAUCUGCAAUAUGUAUACCAUGUACAGCAUGCUGAACAUGGGCGCUGCAGCAGCUGGGGAGCGUGUGGAGGCUCUACCAGACCACACAGAGACACGCGGUAGGAUGCGAGGCCGAGAUCUAACGUGUCUCCCCGCGGAACUCAUCGCUCAGAUAGGCAACCGUUGUCAUCCCAAACUGUACGAGGAAGGAGACCCCGCUGAGAAGCUAGAGUUAGUCUCAGGUACUUCAGUGUAUAUAUCGCGAGCCCAGCUAAUGAACUGUCACGUGAGCGCAGGGACCAGACACAAGGUGCUGCUGAGGAGGCUGCUGGCCGCCUUCUUUGACAGGAACACUCUGGCCAAUAGCUGUGGAACAGGCAUCCGCUCGUCCACCAACGACCCGAGCCGCAAGCCCCUGGACAACAGAGUGCUGCAUGCGGUCAAAUUUUAUUGCCAGAACUUUGCCACGAGCUUCAAAGAGAGCGAGAUGAACGCCAUCGCAGCCGACAUGUGCACCAACGCCCGGCGUGUGGUCCGCAAGAGCUGGAUCCCCAAGCUGAAGCUGCUGAUGGCCGAGAGCGAUGCCUACUCCGCCUUCCUCCCCGACGGCGUCAAGACGGAGGACGACAACCUGGGCGCAGAUCACACGUUCGACCCCGCCUCCCUGGAGGCCACCGGCGGUGCCGGCAUGGAGUCGGGUGGCUCUUCAGGUGAAUCACUACAAGGCGUGGGGGGGGACGGAGGAGCAUUAUUUUGAACACUGUGUCUGGGGAAGGUUGAAAUUGGGUGACGCGCACCAGUACUCCCCAGCUCUGCUUGCCUCCUCACUCUUUGGCCCACACUGAUAUCUCACAUUUGACUGUCUAUACUACACUGCUGGGGUUGUUACCCUGAUGUAACCAGGAUGUGAAAGCUUCAAUUUUUUGCUUCAUGACUGUACAAUGGACUUAGUCGAGGAAUGGGAGAGAGUGAGUUAUAAUCCUAGCUGCCCUCUGCCUCCCCUUGUCUUUUUAAGGUGUGUAAGCGCAUUCACUGUUGCAUAUUAAAUACAUUCCCUGACGUGCGGGUGAUGGGGGGAAGUUACCGGCGUAGCCGGGGGAGGAGACGGGGGAUGGCUGAUGGACAGAUUAGAAGUAGAGGUAGCGAGUAUAUUGAAUGUAAGUGUCAGUGGCUUUUUUUCUCUAUGCAAGCCUGGCACCUUGUAUUCCAGCCUCGGGGAAGGAACUCAAUUUGAAAUAGAGAUGUUAUUAAAAUAGAUUAACACUACCUGUUCUUCCUCCUCGACCAUCUUCCACUCAUCGCCCCGCGAGUGUUCUUCACCCCCACCUCACCUCUCCUCUCUUGAGACCAGAAAAUCUCACCUGAGUGUUUCACCGUGUGAUAUCUUUUAGAUAUGAAUCUCAUUUUUCUGUUUUGUUUUUUCCCCACCUCUAAUUCUUACCAUAUAAAUUCUAAUGUUUAGCAUGUUUGUCUAUAAAACUGAAAAGUGAUCCAGAGAGAAGGGAAAAGCUUUUUACUCAGAUGACUGUAAAGAAAAACUGAAGGGCAACAGGUGAUCAGAGGCGGACAUAUUUUUAGAGGACGAACUAUAUUUAUAUGAGUGCCCAUGCCUAGAACGGUGUGAGCGAAGAGAGCGAGAGGGAUUGUUUUAAACUCUCGAUCUUCAUGUUUUAUUGAAAGAGAUCUUGUCAAACAAGGAGAAGUGCUAUUUUUGCAGGAAAGAAAGAGCAUAAUGAAGCCGUCUUACCACAGGUCCCGUAGUCAUUUAUUUUUAUCUUUAUUUUACAGUGCGGAGCGAUGGAAUGAGCAGUUGAACUGCUGAAUUUGUAUCAUUUCAUCUUCUCUUCACUGGCUAAAAAAGGAAUAAGACUGAUUCAGCUGGCUCGACUGUUGUCUAUGAUAACGGCCAUUGUUAGGUUAUGAACCUGCAGCGUUUACUCGUAGAAAUAUAACGGUUAUACUGAUCUGACAACUCGGCUAGUUACUUCUUUGUACUACAGUUAUUGAAACGGAAAAAAACUGCUGACAUUUUGUGGAAAUGCAAAAGUCAUGGGAAAUAAUUGUGGAAUAUUGGAAUGUGCCUUUUUAAUGAAUUGAAAACUAUAAGCAGAAGGCUGGGGGGUAUGGCAAUACCAGAGAGCAGAUAUUGCGUGAAGAAAAAAGGUGUUCUGGUACUAUCCAUGUGUGUGUGUGUGUGUGUGUGUGUGAGACAUACUGUAGUUCUCUGUAUUGCGCGGCUGCGAAUUCUGGUAUGUGGUUUAUUUACGUUUAUCCAAUGUACCGCCUCUUUAAUAUGGAAAUUCUAAAUGGCUGACCGUUUUAUUUUGGAGUUUGAAAUGAUUUUGCACCUUCCAUGAGAGGAAGUGGAGGUUUCUGCACCUUAAUGACAAGAACAGUGGUUCAUGCACCUUUUUGGAGAAAUGUUGUGUAGCAAUUCAAUCCCUUUAGGUGGAAUUUGUCCUUUUUUUUCCAUGUCUAACUGUGUUUCUUUGUUUUUAAAAAGUCCUACUGUAAAUAAUCAAGAAGACUGUCGAGUUGACUACCAAGUGUUCCUCCUUUCUGUUGCUUGACGUGUCUGAAUAUGACGCGGCAAAAGCUGACCUUUUUUUUAUGUGAAAGCUAGUGUUGAAUGCGUGUUGACGUGCAGAAUGGGGAUCAGUACGGGGGAUUGAUUAUUCCUGUUGCCGGUGGAUAUAAUACUGAAUUAGGAAUGUGCUCAUGAAAUGCUCAAACGGACGACUGAUUACUUUCUCCUUCUGGGGAAAAAAAAGGUUCUAUUUUUCUGAAGACCAGUACAGUGUAAAAACUGGGAAGGUAUAUAUGCUUCUUAUUCAAGGCAGUUGAGUCAAUCUCAUUGAAAAAAAAAUAACUAUAUGCAUGUUCGAUAUAGCUCAACCUAUUUUCAUAUUGUUUAAAGUUAUAAGAGUGAGUUUACUUAGGUGCUUUGAUUAGGAGAUAUAUGGACAGAACAAAACAUGCAGUACCUUGUAAGUAUGAUGACAACAAAACCUCACAUUUGCAUUUGACUGUAAAUGCCAAAUGAGCACCCCACCCCGACUUACCUCCGGAGUAUCUUUGAAGACUGUUGCGCUUCCUGUCCCUCAUGCAGCUGGUGUCAUGUUUCACUUCCACUUCCGUGUGUACUCAUGUGUUUGAGAGAGAGGCAAAGCGCUGGUUUUCACAUAGUCAAAUCUGAAUUGUAAUAUGUGUGUUUAAUUUGCUUCGUGGCUUUCAGGUGGUGUUUUUUUUUCUCCGUAUCAGGACUCAAAGUCUACAGUUGGACACACGUUUAAAUUACGAAUUAUUAGGUUGUGUUAAAGUGACCAUAAUCCAUGAAAGAGUUUGCUGGGAGAUCACAUGAUGUUAUACUGAAAACCUUAAACAUGGAGAUUUUCAUAAAACUGAAAACCCCCCAAAAAAACCUUUGUUCAAGGUUUUCUAAAAUCGAUUCACUGUAAUGGCAGAAAAGCGGGCUUCUGAAUUUAAUUUCAGACUCCUAAUCGAGCAAUAAAAUAUAAUAAAGUCUCAUUUAGCACAGUGUCCAUUAAAUCUGAUAAUGUUCGUGCUAAAAGACAGAAGAUCAGGUAUGAAAAAUAGCCACGUUAUUGUUGAAAUGUCUUUAUUGUCAUAAUUACAAGAUGUUCAUUCCCUCUGGAGGGAAACCAGUGUUUAAUCACUAUUGACACCUUUAGAAAAGACAAUGAGUCUCCUAUAGAACAGACAAAUUAGGAUGAAAUUUAUAAGAUAACAUAAAGAAGCCUUUAAAGCGAUGUCAAGCAACACUGGCUUAAAUUAGCUUGUGACUGAAACCAUCAACUCUGUUAUGGCUAAAGCGGAAACAUCACCAGCGAACUAGUUAAUCAUAAGGAAGCCAUAUUCGUCCGCUCCCACAAAACAGAGGCCGAGCCCAAAUACAGAAAUCCGAGUCAGAGAAUCCUGCUUCACAAACUCUUCGCAACACUGGAGAUCAGUGAUAGAUCAGAAAUAACCAUGGUUACGGUACACGUCCAGUUUUAUCUAUAGUCGCUCUCAUGGGCCAACUCUACUUCUUAUGACUCAAUUAAAAAAAAAAAUCUUCCACUCACCACCUACUUGCACAGUGCUUCAUCUGCAGGAGGUGUGCGAGUGUAGAUAUGUUUUACUUUGUGUGUGUUUGAAAACGGAAGGCUACUUUGUAAGCAAAACGUAAGUUCUGUACCUUUUCAGCGAAUGUGUUUACACUUCACAAGACAUGUAGACCUACACACUUGAAUGGAUAAGGUGUGGCACGGCAUGGGGAACCUUUUGUCACUAAACAGUACAUAUAUAAAUAUGAUUAUAUACAUGUAUAGAUAAAUACUGUAUAUUAUAUAUAGACGCGCACACAUAGAGGUCAGAUUGUUUGUCGUGCACUCACAGCAUGAGGUAUAUAUUUACCUAGAAACGGCGCUUCUUCACAACCUGUGCAGUAACUGGCCUGCCCAUUUCUCUGCCCCUGCGCCUUGCCCUCUGUAACCCCGUAGCUCCAGUCGACCUCCUGUACUGCUCAUCCUAUUCUUUCUGUGUUCCAAGUGCCAAUAACUUUGUGAAAGCCCUGUAACUGUGACCCAACAUUAUCAAAGGUAAUUGCACAUUAACGACUGUAAGAUAAAAACAAAUCAUAGAUGAAAAUGUCAAAAUGGAUUAAAUAAUGAAUAUCUUAAUAAAAGAUUUGUAACAAUUUC